GGGUUCAGUUCGUGACUGGUGGCCAACCGAAGAUGCAGUACAACCAACAGCAGCCGGGGUAUCCGCACCAGACGCCUCCUCCGAGCUACGAGCAAGUGGUCCAUGUGCAGGCGCCAGUUCGGGUGGUUCACACAACAGCACCUCCGCCCGUGGUGAUCAUACAACAUCAAGCCGUGCUACCCGUGGGUCCCGACCCCAGUUUCAUCACCUGCCCGCACUGUCACGUCCAGAAACUGACCCGCGUCGAGUACUCGCCCAGUGUGAAAACGCACGUCAUGGCCGCCAUUCUCUGCAUAGUUGGCCUCUGGUGCUGCGCCUGUCUUCCGUACUGCGCCACCAGCUGCAUGAAUGCAAAUCACUUCUGCGGCAAUUGCAACAAGUUCGUCGGCGUCUACAACGGCGAUUUGUAAACCCAGCAAACAAUAAAUAUGUACAACCAAACGAACCGAUCCAAACGAACCGAACCAAAUCGAACCGAUCACACCCUCCACGCACAGAAACCCACGAAUCACCUACGAAUGCGAACAUUUUUGGUCAGGUGUCGACAGACGGACGGUGAAAUU